AUCUCUACCACGGGGUAUGUCCUCAGAAACUAAGCAUCUAAGUGAAAUCUAUAACUUCAACAUAUGCACAAAACCCAACCUUAUCAUCACACAACCCCCCCAUAAAACCACCCAAUACCACAACCCCAACUCCCCAUAAAGAAACCCAAGCACAAUGACCUACCAAAUCGCCUCGCACCCGACCCUCUCCCCCCCACGCGCCGCGGCGAUGAUCUCCUUCCUCGAAUCCUUCUACCGCACCAGCGACACCGAAUCCGCCCACGACCAAUACGUCCAGAACUUUACGGAAGAUGCCACAUUGAUAAUGGGGCCGAAGACGGCCAAGGGACGUGACGAAAUCCGUACCCUCCGCCACGGCCUCUGGACGCACGUCGCCUCGCGGAAACACACCCCGGAGCGGGUGUACUUCGGCGGGGAGGGCGAGCUCAUGCUAUACGGGACGGUCAAGUACGUUCUGCGAAAUGAUCCGGGGAAUGAGGUCGAGGUGCCCUGGGCGGGGAGGGUGGUUUUUGGUGGUGAGGACACCGAGGAGGGGGAUUUGAGGAUGCGGUUUUAUCAGGUUUAUCUGGAUCCUAGUGCGCAGUCGGGGAGGAAGUAGAGGGAUGGAUUGUGCUGGACUGUUAUUUUCCUGGGUUGAGUGGUGGGAUUCUUUUCUGGUCCUUGGGGUUCUGGGGCUUUGGGGCUUUGGGUGGUGAAAUGAAAGACAGGUUUGGGAAGUGGAAACUACAGAAUGGAUGUUCAGAAGAGUUAGGUUUUCAAUAUUGGUUUGGUUCGAAGUGAUUGAUUUACUGGUCAAUUCGUUGGACAGUCCGUUUAGAUAGGGGCGUAAGGCAAGGGGAGGUUAAGGUGUGUACUGUAGAUUCAUGCAUGCAGGGAAGCGAGACAGCAACGGCGGAAAAACCAAGAGCGUAGUGUACGGG